AUGUGUAUGCGAUCUCUGACGACGCAGUCUCCCUCGAACUGGAGUGACUCUUCUCCGUCGUCGCCACGCUCGCUCGUCGCCGGUACGUCCGUGUCACAGUCGCCCAGCGGGGCUGGAACCGCGGCUCACGCGUGUGCGGUGGGGUCGAUCCGCAAGCGUGUGGUGCGCGCCUGCGAGGUGUGUCGCCGCAAGAAAGUAAAGUGCAAUGGCCAGAAGCCGUGCAGCCACUGCAUCUCGUUUGCGGAAGAAUGCAUCUACGUCGACGUCAAGGACCGCUCCGCCUACAGCAGGCGCUACGUCGAGUCGCUCGAGCUGCGGCUCGCCAAACUCGAACACGCAUGGUCCAUGAUGCUCCAGCACCGCUGCCAUCCGCACUGCCGUCGUGCACUCAGCCCGGCAGGGGCUCCCGAUGGCCACGCACUCGACUCCCGACCGACAUGCAAGACGGCAUCGGCCUCUGCGCAACUUGCCGCAUCGGGCCGGACCGAGUCAGAUACGGUGGCGCUGCCCAUGCUUUCCGCCACGCACCUCAUCGCUCAAGCAUGCGCUACGCUCCAAGCCCUGCAACCUAGCAGACAGCUAGCACUCCAGACUGUUCAAAGCAAGACCAAAGACGAGGCACCGCACGCCUUGACGCUGCUUCCGUUACCGGAGGGCGCCAGAUUCUACGCGCUGCUCGAAUGCUACGCCCACCGCGUGCACCUGUUCUUUCCCGCCGUCUCGCUGGCCGAGGCGCAGAGCGCCUGGGAACGUGUCUCGUCCUCCUCCCCCCUGCCGAGCGUAUUGGAUGCCGAGACGGUAGCGCUGGUGUACGCGAUCAUGUCGUGCGCGUCGCAAGCCGUAAUUCCCGCCAACGUCGCGGAAAACUUCAACACAUACGGCUCAUCGACUCAAUACGAUGCGCAAGCUCGGCUGUGGACGAGCUUUUUCGCCAAGCCCAGUACACCAUCUACCCGACAGCUGCAUGGUCUGCAGGCGUUGGUUCUGCUAGCGUACGCCGCUGCUGCACGUGGGGAGGCGGAGAAUGCGCGCAGACACCUCGACCACGUACACGGCCUAGCAUCUGCCGUAGCACAGCCGAGCUGCGACGAGAACCAGCAAGGGGUGGCGGGCGUGCUGCGGCUGCUUCCGAUGCUGCAGAUGCUGGUGGACGGUCUGCAGAGUGGGAUCGGACCGGUGGAGCAUCUCCCGAGCCAGACAGCGGCUUCGUGCAGCAGCUCCGCAGAUCUUGCGGGCGAACUUGCCGAGCUUGCCUCGCUGUGCAGCACUGCUGGCUCGGUCGGUCGCACGAUGGUCGAGCUCCUCUCCUCUCCUCCGGGCGAGACGGAAGCAAAGCAAAGAGCGGUUGAGCAGGAAAGCCUGUUGGAAUCGUGGUACGAUCGGCUUCCGCUCUCCUUCCGAUCGUCUCCCGGUGCGCAAAGCGAGCCGAUUUCGGCAGCGGCUAGUUGCAUCGCGUUUGUAUCGCUACAGCACUCCCGACUGCGGCUGCACCUCGCACUACUGCACAGUCAAGACCAGGCAGGUGGCGAGCAGGAUGCGACUCGAUGCAUGCAGUUGGCCAUGCACACACUGCGCGCAUCCGACACGGUACUGCGAUUCCUACCGCCAAGCCCGUGGCUUGCGCUCCAUCUGCAGUGCUACGCCAUGGCCGCUGCGUUUGUACUCAAGCGCGUCCUGAACGAGCCGCCUUCAGCCGCGGCCAGGAUCGUGGCGGAGGUAGAAGCCACUUUGACCGGGAUUCGCCGAUCGACCGACAUCAUGGACGGCGCAAAGGAGGUGGUUGAUGAUCUGCAGUCGCUGUCUUCGCACGUUCGAGCAGCGUUCCAGAUCGCACUGGACCAAGACAGGAACCGGUCGGCGUACAUGCAGGUAGUCGACGAAUCAACGGCCAAACGAGUCCGCACCGAGCAAUCCGACGCAACAAAUCCCACAGCUGACGCCGUUGAGGCUUGCAUGCCCGCGCACGCUUCGACCCACGCCACUAUCAAUGCUAGCUUGGACUCACCUCCCCACUCCUGGCCCAGCAACGCCGUGGUGCAGGUAGACGCACUGACACUGACCCAGCUCUGGCCGUCUUCCACCCUGCCUGCGCUCGGCGUCGCACAGCAAGCAACACCAACCUCAACCAACGACGUCGGCGCAUGCUCGUCGCAGGCCCAGGCAGAUCUCGUCGCCGGCCUCCUCGAAGGCCUCAUCGGCCACCACCAGCAACUGCGCCCCGCAAGUCUCUAG